AGAGAGAGAGAAGAGAGAGAGAGUCCAUUUCUUCCCUUGUGAAAUAGAGGCUCUCUAUGUAUCAAGAUGUCUGAACAUCCACUUUAUGCGGUCGUAAACUACCACCAAAAACACAUAUCAGGUAAAACAAGCUCAGAAACCACUGAUGAUGAUGAUGCUACCUACUCAAAUAUCCACAGUCCUGCGCCAGGAAAAUCUGCCCAAGAGAACGGAGAUAGAGUGAGAGGAGGUCACUGUGUUAUCUACACCAAAGUCAGCCUCCCAAAUCAGGAUGGCGUUAAGCCCACUGCACCAACUUCCCCUGAUGACCAAUCUGCAAGAACAGCAGCAGAAGAGAGGUCCCACUGGAGAGUCCUUGUACAACCCACCGUCCUCCUGCUUCUCCUCUCCGCUCUUCUGCUUAUUGUGAUCUUUACACUCAGUGCAUUCUAUGCUUUAAGUAAAAUCUCAUAUACAAAGAGACUGUAUGCUCUUGAGAAGAAAAACAGUGAGGCACGACAACAGACUAUACACCUGCAGACGGAACUCUUGGAGAUGAACAACACACUGGUGCAGUCACAGAGUGCCCUUAGAAAUUCCUCUGAAGAGAAGACAUUGCUGUUGCAUGAACUUACCCACACUCAGAUGAACUUUACACAACUAUUGAGAAAUUGCACAGCUAUCUCCAGGGAAAGGACAGACAUCCAAACAAAACUGGAUUCUUUAAACAUUGAAGCAAGAAGAAAGUGUGCAUUUGACUGGGAGUAUUUUAAUAAGAAGUGCUACUACAUCUCCACUGAUGUGAAGAGCUGGGCUGGCAGUAGAGAUGCAUGUGUGACUAUGGGAGGACACCUGGCCAUCAUAGAGAGUGAAGGGGAGCAGACAUACAUAAAGUCCAGAAUGCAGCGCUGGCAGCAGUACUGGAUAGGACUACACUACUUGAGUGGAUGGCACUGGAUUGACAACACACGACCCGAAUCUGGGCAGUUCCAGUCACAUAACCGUUGGGAAUGCAUGCUGAUUGCCAAAUCUUCCUGGACUACAGAAAAAUGUUACUCAAAAUGGCAAUAUAUAUGUGAGAGUAAAGCUAUAGACUGACAAUAUAAGACUGUACACAGACAGUACACAAACGUCUGUGAAUUAAUCACAGAAGUCUGUGUUUAAAAAUCUUGUAUUUGCUGUUGGCAAUUUAAAGGAAGUAAACGUCAUGAUCAACCCAAAUUUGCAUAAAAUUGGGGAACUUCCAAAGCUCAGUGUCCCAAGUUCCCACCUCCUACUAGGUUUUUAUCCAAAUGCUUAUAAUGGAAACUCAACUGUCCCUCAUGGAAAAGGAAGAUACUGUGAAAGGGCGAGUUACUAUGAUUACGGUUGAUGUUUAAGUCACUGACAGAGUUCUAAAUGAGGGGGGAAGUAUUCAUGAGAAGUCACCAGACAGCCAUUUUCUGUUUUUUGUCUAUUUUCUGCCACAACAUUGACACGUUCAGGUUCAGGUUCAGGUUCUUAGCUAGAACAGGUUGUGUUGGUAAGUUCAAAGUCUAAUGCCAAGGAUGAAUAUAAUGACAUCCCUCAAAUAUCUUUUGAGAACACCAUUUAUAAAAAUGAACAACUCUGAGAGGAGGCUCAGACUUUAUGUCAGACUUAACUUGGUAGCCUAAUUGUAUUGCUGUAAGAAAAUAUGGGUAACACUUUACUUGACGGGUUCGUUCAUAACACAUUCAUAACAGCUGACAUGAACUGCACA